AUGAGCCCGAUAUAUGGCAGAAUUACGAUCAUUAAGCCGAACAAUGAGUUCGGCGGUGUCUAUGAGAUGGACAAACGGACUUGCUUGAUUGGAAGAUCACCGACAUGCAACAUCCGUAAAAAAUCAAAUGCCGUUGAAAAGGAACACUGCGCGGUGGAAUUCAAUCAUAAUGGCCAAGCCUUUUUCAACUGCCAGAACCUGGCCAGUCACCGCGCAGUUCGAAUAUUUGACAGACGGGUUCCAAAUAUAUCGCCACCGAGUGCGCACACCGUCGACUGUGCCGAGAUAUCGUGGCUGUGCCGGCGUUGCUCUCUCCAGCCAGGUCACACUCCUGUCCACGGAAUAAAUACGCAGCAACCAAGCACUGAAAGUAAAGCCGUGAACAACGGUCGUAUGCACAGACUGUUCAGACACUGUCAGACUCAUACAGUCGCCGAUGAACGGGAAAAUAGUCGAGAACCACCGAAGGCUCAACUUGGAGCGAUGUCGACCUGGUCUGAAGCUUCAACAACCGCCAUGACAUCCUCGUCGACUAUCGACGAUUUUUCUUCAGUUGCUUGUACUCCAGAUCUGCCCCUAAAAUCCACAGCGUUGCCCAAGCAGGUGCUAGAAGAUUACCCGCUGAUGCCGCUCACUGUGUUGCAAAAACGGUUUUCUUCAGGAACUCCUUUAUGUGUCAGUUCUCGACAGUACGGAAAUCAGCGCCCGGCGUGCGAUAUACUGGUGAAUCUGGACAAAACAUACAACGGUCUAGAACAACUGUUUGCAUCGUCGUCCCCUCUUAUUGGCACCCCCAAUCGACACUCACCGGCUAAAAUUUUUAAAAAUAUCAUCCCAAAAAUGGAGGAUACCUCCAAUGAUAUCUAUGGUUCAGCGAUCAAGUCGAAUCAGAGGGUGACGGCUCCAUGUUUUUUGAGGGAAACGUUUGAAGAGAGUGAGGAGAAAACGGAUACGCUCAACGAGAGUACUUCUGAAAGUAUUGAAGCAAUCGGCCUGGUUUCUGACAGCGAUACGACUGAAACGGAAUUGGAAAAAGAACAGGAGCGCUCCCGCUGUUAA